CUCCUUCAUUUCGAUCUCGUUCCAUUGCGUGCUGGAGCCCUCCCGUUGGCCGGUGGUGCCGUCCAUGUCUCCUCCUACUGCACACUGAUUGAGCUCACCACUCUCCCUCUAUCUCUCUCCUACUGUUAGGGUUUGCCAUGGUCAUCACCUUUCCCGAGUCACCUUUUACUCUCUCUGAUGACGCAUGACAUCCAUCCCCACUAGCUCUAGCUGCCUCAUCAGCACCCUCUCUCUAUCUCUCUCUACUUCUGUCUCCUGCACUGUUCUUAGGUAGCUCCAGCUCGUCCUCUCUUAGCAGCUAAGGAAUGCCACAUAAAUUAUAAAAGACACCACUUGAGGUCCAAGGGCAGGGGAAAAGAAAAGCUGUGGUUUCCGAUCCCUCUCCUCUCACACUCGCUUCUUCUUCUUCUGAAACCCCUCCCGCAUAGAUCUUUUCUUCUUCUGAAACUAGUCACGUAAAGUAGUAGUCGGAAAGAGGAAGGAGAGAAGACGAAGAAGCUUGUUCAUCUCACUGCGUCAUGGUUUUCUCCUCGAUCCCAAUCUUCCUAGAUCCUCCGAAUUGGGGCCAGAUGCAGAUACAGCAGCAGCCACUUCAGUGUCUCCUUAGCGGAGGCGGCGGGAGCGACCACCACCACCUAAUGCCUCCGCCGUCCGGCCUGGUGCCGCUGCCCGGCGGCCUUGUUGACACGGCGGCAAGCGCUCCGUCGGGCGGUGGCUCGUCCACCUCGCUGCAGGCCGCGGCGGCGCAGCCGCGCCCGGUCGUGUCGAUGUCGGAGCGCGCUCGGCUGGCCCGCGUGCCGCUCCCGGAGCCCGGCACGCUCCGGUGCCCGCGCUGCGACUCCGCCAACACCAAGUUCUGCUACUUCAACAACUACUCGCUCUCGCAGCCGCGCCACUUCUGCAAGGCGUGCCGCCGCUACUGGACGCGCGGCGGCGCGCUCCGCAACGUGCCCGUCGGCGGCGGGUGCCGCCGCAACACCAAGCGCUCCAGCAAGAAGUCGUCCCGCAGCGGCCAGGGCGGCUCGGGCUCGGGCGCCACCGCAGCCACUUCGUCGUCCUCCACCACCUCCACCUCCACCACGGCCACCACCACCACCACGAGCGCGGCCGUCGCGGCGGCCGAGGCAAUCGCGAGCAUGCAGGCCCAGCUGCCCCACCUCGGCCUCCCGCCAGCCGCGGCCGCCGCCGCGCUGGAGGCGUCGCUGGAGGGCUACCACCACUACCUGCAGCUCCAGAUGCAGCCGCAGUUCCUUCAGCAAGGACUGCACGGGUACCAUUUCGCCGACGGCGACGGUAGCGCUCUCGCCGACGGGUUCCCGAGGGGCGUCGCGUCGGGGCUGCUUGCGCAGCUUGCCGCGGUCAAAAUGGAAGAGCACGGCAGCGGCGCCAGCGGUGGUGUCGUCGCAGCACACGAGCCGUCGUACUGGCCCGGGAGCGGCGGCGGCGGCGGCAGCGGGUGGCCGACGGAGUUCCUGUCGGGGUUCAGCUCGUCGUCGUCGGGGAAUGUGCUGUGAGUUGCUUGCAUGGGACCGUCCAGGCCGGAUGCAUGGGCCAUGCAUUCAUGGAUGCUGCUGAUGCUGAACUAGGCCACCCUGAAUGGAUUAGUUUUAGGGUUUAUGUGGUUUGGAGACUUGAUCGGAGUUGUGUUCUUCAAUUAGGCUGGUGAUCAGUGUUGGGGUUUUACAUGUUUUUUUUCUUUCUUUUUCUGAGUUUUUAAGCUGGUUAAUGCCGUGUAGUUGGUAGUUGCAUGUUAACUCAUGGAGGGUGAUAUGUGUCAAGUUACUUAACUAUACUAUGUUUAAUUACAUGAGAACUUGGUCAUAGUUGUACUGGUUCAAAAUUUCAUAUAUAUGUGUGUGGAUGUUUUCU